AUGGCGCCCGCUGCCGGAGCUAAGAAGCAGAAGAAGAAGACUCACUCCAGAAUUAGGUCCAAGGGCAAGGUCAAGGACAAGGCCCAGCACGCCGUCAUCCUCGACAAGACCACCUCCGAGAAGCUCCACAAGGAUGUCCAGUCGUACCGCCUCGUCACCGUCGCCACCCUCGUCGACCGCAUGAAGAUCAACGGUUCGCUCGCGCGGAGCUGCCUCAAGGAUCUCGAGGAGAAGGGCCUCAUCAAGCCCGUGGUACAGCACAGCAAGCUGAAGAUCUACAGUACGUUCCUCGCCUGCUGCCGGGAGUUGUGGGACAAGGAUGAAGACUGACUGGGAUGAUAGCUCGGGCUGUUGGCGGUACCGAUGAUUAAACGAAUACCAUACUCUCUGCGAUGGUCAUGAAUAACUCUGCUUUCGCGUCGUUAAAAGGGGGCAUAAAAGGCUGGCCUGGGUUGCAAUGGGUUGAUAUCAUCACUGCCCCGUAAUAGAGGGCUUUCUGCUCGGUGUAGCACAGGAAAUCGGAAUUCGGUUAACCC